AUGUCGCCUAAAAUUCUUCAUGCAAAUCUUGCAUGUAUCGAGACAUUGCUUCAAGUCCCAAACAGUGUCAAUGUACAUAAAAAAAAAUGGCACACCGCUUUUGUUACAAUUUAUUGUUAUAGAGCUCUGUUGUCAAUUUACCAAAACACAGUAACCAAAAAGGGAAAUAUCGAAAUUUCCCUCUCUACUUCUUACACCGCCAUCACCAUCAAAUCAGAAAUUGGGCCAUUCGAAAUCGAACAAACAAGCCUGGUUCAACUUGUUAAGGAGAAGAAUCUCGAUCAGCUUCAACAAUUGGGAGGGGUUGAUCGUGUAGUUUCAGCUCUCAAAACCGGUGCAGAACAAGGAAUUUCCAAUGAUGAUGAAGAAAUUGCCAGCAGACGUGAAGUUUUCGGUACCAACACUUACAGAAAACCACCUACAAAAGGUUUCCUCCAUUAUGUUUGGGAAGCUUUUCAAGAUCUUACCAUUAUCAUCCUCAUGGUAUGUGCUGCACUUUCUCUUGGUUUUGGUAUGAAAGUUCAUGGAGCCAAAGAAGGUUGGAUUGAUGGGUUAAGCAUAUUAGUGGCCAUUUUUCUUGUUAUUGCUGUCUCUGCUAUUAGCAAUUUCAGACAAAACAGACAAUUUGACAACUUGUCAAAAGUAAGCAAUGAUAUCCAAAUUGAUGUUUUCAGAGGUGGUCGAAGACAAAAGAUUUCAAUAUUCGAAAUCUUAGUCGGUGAUGUGAUUUGUUUAAAAAUUGGAGACCAAGUUCCAGCAGAUGGUUUAUUCCUACAAGGUCAUUCUCUUCAAAUAGACGAAUCUAGCAUGACAGGGGAGAGUGACCAUGUUGAAAUUAAUCAUGGCCAUAAUCCUUUCUUGUUUUCUGGAACUAAAGUGGUCGAUGGCUUUGGCCGAAUGGUGGUCACUUCAGUCGGAAUGAACAAAGCAUGGGGAGAAAUGAUGAGCCAACUCACUCGCGAUUCAAAUGAGCAAACUCCAUUGCAAGCUCGGCUCGACAAGCUCACAUCUUCAAUUGGUAAGGUUGGUGUGACAGUUGCUUUCAUUGUUCUUGUUGUCUUGUUUGUUAGAUACUUCACAGGAACAACAAAAGAUGAGAAUGGAAAUCAGGAAUUCAUUAAGGGCAAGACCAAGUUGGACGACGUUUUGAAUUCUUCAGUGGAAUUUAUAGCAGCUGCCGUCACCAUUGUUGUGGUUGCCAUACCAGAAGGCUUGCCAUUAGCAGUGACAUUAACUCUUGCUUAUUCAAUGAAGAGAAUGAUGGCAGAUAAAGCAAUGGUGAGGAAGCUCUCUGCUUGCGAAACAAUGGGCUCUGCUACCACCGUUUGUACUGACAAAACAGGUACAUUAACCAUGAACCAAAUGAAAGUCACAAAGUGUUGGCUAGGCAAAGAAUCUAUGGAAGAAUUAGGAGGUUAUUCUUCAGUUGCUCCACAUGUUAUAGAAUUGUUCAGGGAAGGAAUUGCUCUGAAUACCACAGGUAGUGUAUACAGGCCAAGUUUUGGAAUGGAAUAUGAAAUCUCAGGUAGUCCAACAGAGAAAGCAAUUCUUUCAUGGGCAAUUGAGGAUUUGUAUAUGGAUAUGGAGGAAAGGAAAUGUUCAAUUCUUCAUGUUGAGGCUUUCAAUUCACAGAAGAAAAGAAGUGGGGUUUUACUGAAGAGGAAAGUUGACAGCUCUGUCCACGUUCAUUGGAAAGGAGCAGCAGAGAUGAUUCUAGCAAUGUGUGAAAGUUACUACGAUGCUUCUGGAAUCAUCGAGGAUCUUGAUGAGAGUCAGAAAUUGGAAUUCCAACAGAUCAUUCAAGGUAUGGCAGCGAGGAGUCUCCGAUGCAUAGCUUUCGCACAAAGCAGAAUUCAGACAGAGGAGGUUGAGGAUUCAAAUGGACAUAAAACAAUGAAAGAACAAGGUUUGGUUUUGUUGGGACUUGUGGGUAUUAAAGAUCCAUGUCGUCCAGGAGUGAAGAAAGCUGUGGAAGAUUGCCAGUACGCCGGAGUCAAUGUCAAGAUGAUCACCGGCGACAACGUUUUCACAGCGAAAGCCAUAGCUACAGAGUGUGGAAUACUUAGAGCAGAUCAUGACAUGAAUGAAGCUGUAAUAGAAGGUGAGAAGUUUAGAAACUACACAGAAGAAGAAAGAAUGGAGAAAGUUGACAGAAUCUUUGUGAUGGCAAGGUCAUCUCCGUUUGAUAAACUCCUCAUGGUUCAAUGCCUCAAAAAAAAAGGCCACGUCGUCGCGGUCACCGGAGAUGGAACGAAUGAUGCGCCGGCAUUGAAAGAAGCCGACAUAGGACUCUCCAUGGGAAUCCAAGGCACAGAAGUCGCGAAGGAAAGCUCAGACAUUGUCAUCUUGGAUGAUAACUUUGCUUCGGUAGCUACAGUACUAAAAUGGGGUCGAUGUGUCUAUAACAACAUUCAGAAAUUCAUUCAGUUUCAACUCACUGUGAAUGUUGCUGCUCUUGUAAUCAAUUUCGUCGCCGCAGUUUCCGCCGGCGAAGUUCCUGAGGAAAUUUGCAGAUACAGUCAGAUUGAGUUGGGGGCAAUGGGGAAUAUGUAUUGGAAUUGCUUCAAUGUCGUGGCCAAUUGGGUGGGUUGUCAAAUUUAUUCCUGUUGCAGAGAAGCCAUUUUUCAGCUAUUUCAAGAUCAAGACGUACUUCCGAUGGAGAAGGAUCAUUCUUAUGAAAGACCAAGAAUUAGGCCAACAAUUAUUUUUAUUUGUUAUUAUUACUUUCUUUUUUUUAUCAUUUGUUCGGUAUAUACAUAGGCUUUGCCAUCGAAUUCUAUUCCAAUA